AUGGUUCAGAUGAUUCAUAUACGGAGUUCGAGGAAUCUUUCUUAUAUGGGGCGAGUAACUCUUAUAAACUCAGUUUUGAUCUCAAUUCAUUCUUAUUGGGCUCAAAUCAUGAUUUUGCCUAAACUUUUGUUGAGGAGGAUGGAAUCAAUUUGUCAAGCUUUGCUUUGGAAAGGGACGGCUAAAGGCUCGAGUCCGGGUCAAGUAGCGUGGGAGAAUGUUUGUCUUCCUCAAUCGACUGGAGGUUUAGGAUUUCGCAAUGUGAUUAAUUGGAACACAGUAGCUAUGGGGAAAUAUGUUUGGGCGAUUGCUGCUAAAAAGGAUAAUCUUUGGGUUAGAUGGAUACAUAGUGUCUACUUGUCUAAUGGGAAUUGGUGGAAUAAUUCAGCCCUCCCUAAUUGCAGUUGGUAUUGGAAAAAGAUAGUAGCAGUCAAGGACAUCAUAAAAACUAAGAUUGAUUUGAGCACUUUCAUCGCUGAAGGAUAUAGCAUCCAACAACGGUAUGCCUUUCUUUAUCUGAUUACUAAUCGAGUGCAAUGGAACAAUUAUGUUUGGGGAAGACUCAAUAUUCCCAAGCAUAGAUUCAUUUUUUGGUUGGCAAUGAAGGAGAAACUUCGCACCCGAGUUCAGAUUAGUAAAUAUGAUCCAUCUAUUGAUCACUCUUGCCUACUGUGUGGAGAUCAAGAUGAGGAUGAGCAGCACUUAUUUUUCGCUUGCCCCUACAGCCGAAGUUGCCUUGCUCGACUGAAAACCUGGCUGAGUUGGAGAACUCGAGCAAAGGAUAAUGGCAGAUUACUUCUUUGGAUAGAUAAAGCAAAACAAAUCAUCAAGGUGAGGAAACAAAUCAUUAUUGUUGUUCUGGCAGCCCUUGUUUACCACAUUUGGUUAGUAAGGAAUUAUGCUCUUUGGAAUCACAAAGUCUGGUGUAUUAAUCAUACUGUACAGAGAAUGCAAAAUGAGGUUAAAUUUCGAAUGUUUCAUAUAAUGCCAAGGAAGGCAAAGAAUGUAUAUAGAGAUUGGUUUGAGUAUACAUGUAGUGUCAUAUAG